CCAGCCCCUGCCCAUAUAAGGGAGCUGCAGCCAAUGUUCACUCUCUUGGGUUCCGGAUCAUCGGAGAGUUGAGAUCUGCGUAACUUGUGAAGACAACCCUAGGCCAGGAGCCUGCCGGCCUCAGCCUGAAUCAAACCAUCAUGAUUUUGCAAGGAAGCAACAUUAUGAAUAUUAAUCCAAGCGCUAACUCACACUCCCAUCAGCCUGCCUGGACCGCUCCCUACCCCACAUGUGAUGGAUUCUUUCCGGGUCAAUGGCACGACAUACAUCCUCAGUACUGGACCAAGUAUCAGGUCUGGGAGUGGCUGCAGCAGUUCGUGGACACCAACCAGUUGGACGCCAAUUGUAUCCCGUUCCAGGAGUUUGACAUCACUGGGGAACGUCUUUGCAGUAUGACCCUGCAGGACUUCACACAAGCCGCAGGUGCCGCCGGACACAUCCUGUACAGCAACGUGCAAAACCUCAAGUGGCAUGGUCAGUACGGAAGCCAGGUUCUCCAGUCCCUAAAUGUCGUUAUUAAAACAGAGCAAACAGAUCCUGGGCUGAUCCUACCCUGGAAAGAAGACACCUUUCUAUAUGACAACAGCUAUGAAGAUUUAUAUGACAGUAAAGGGUUCUGCCGGAAUCAGCUGUCCGUGGCUUCAGCCAAUCACUAUAAUGCAGCCUAUGCAGAAUGUGACGUGAAGAAAUCUCAGGACCAUCCCCAGAGAGCCAGCACAAAGAAACACAACCCCCGUGGGACACAUCUUUGGGAGUUUAUUCGGGACAUUCUGCUUACACCUGAGAAGAAUCCCGGCCUCAUAAGGUGGGAAGACCGCUCCGAGGGGGUGUUCCGAUUCCUCAAGUCUGAGGCAGUGGCCCAACUAUGGGGGAAGAAGAAGAACAACAGCAGCAUGACCUACGAGAAGCUGAGCCGGGCCAUGAGAUACUACUACAAAAGAGAGAUCUUGGAACGUGUGGAUGGAAGACGCCUGGUCUAUAAGUUUGGGAAGAACGCAAGAGGAUGGCGGGAGAACGACAGCUGAAGCCACCACUGGAAUCCUACAAACACUGACUAAUUUAUUUAUAUGGGGGGCACAAGAAGACACAGGGAUGAAAAACUUGGUGCCAGUGACUCCACUUCUCUACACUCGGGAGAAUGAUUCUGUACACAGUUUUCUGUGACUUGAAGCCUUUUAUAGGAUUUCGCUGCGUUACCUUUGUAGCUCUUGGGAGAUUUAUACAAUUUAUCGGAUAUUAUAUUGUGCGAUCAGGAACUUCGGAUUGUUCUCGUAGCGCCAUUGCUAAGUUCUUGUUUUGCAGAUACACUAUGUGAAGUUUUUUUUGUGUCUCUUAUUUUUUUUUAAGUUGUUGUUUGGCAUUAGGGCAGAUUUUGGAAAGAUCUUAGUUCUCCAAGGCUCUAUCAUACUUUGCUUAUGGAUCCUUCAUGGCUAAAUCUUCAACAAUAAAUGUUUCCAUUUACUGAGAUCUUGAAAUAGGAAUUGAUGCGCAAAGUAUAUAACAUAUUUUUUUAAAUGUAUCAUAGGUGCCCACAUUUUGCGUGUACUGAUCUCUCACGGGGGUCAUGUGACAUUGUCCGGUGGUUCUUACUCUAGAGCAGGGGUGGCCAAACCAAGACUCUCAAGUCGCAUGUGGCUCUUUCUUAGGUGCCAUGCAGCUCACCUAUAGUCCCCAAUCGAUCUUAAUGUUUAAGAAUCACCAUUGCUGCUUCUUAAAUACACCUCUGUGGCUUUGGCUUUGGCUGUGACUGUGCAGCACUGGUGUUAACCAUUGGAGAUGGGAGUAUGCUGCUAUAUGAAGGCCGUAUGGGGUCCUACUGCUAUAUGUGGGCCUACUGUCAUAUGGAGUAGUAUGAGGAUCUUACUGUUAUAUAGAAACAUAGAAUGUGUCAGCAGAUAAGAACCAUUUGGCCCAUCUAAUCUUCCCAAUAUUUUUAAUACUAUCAAGUCCCAGUCCUUUUCUCUAUCUGAUAUAAGAACAACCUUAUGCCUAUCCAAUACAUGCUUAAACUAUAAGAAGACUAUUCCAUGUAUCCACUACUCUCUCAGUGAUUUAUAUGGCACCAGUAUGGGUAGCUUACUGUAUAUGGGUGAAGUAUGGGGGCCUACUGUUAUGUGGGGCAAUAUGGGGAUCUUACUGUUAUAUGGGGGCAGUAUGGGGGGCUUACU